AUGGGUUCAAAACUUACACCCAUCCUAGCACAAUAUGUGAUGGAUCAUGUAGUGGAUUCCUGCUUGGUUAAAUUAUCAUUCAGAGUACUUUUCAUAAAGAAGUUUGUGGACGACAUCAUAUUGGCAGUACCUGAAGAUCAUAUUCAAACUACACUCGAAUGCUUCAAUUCACAUUCUGCAAAUCUCCAAUUCACCAUCGAAAAAGAGAAUAAUGAACAAGCAGUACCUUUCUUGGAUACAAAAGCACUUAGACAUAACAACCGAAUAAAACUGAAAUGGCAUAGAAAAAAUACCCACUCAAACAAGAUCAUUCACUUCCAAUCAGAUCACAACAUAAAUAUAAAAAUUAACACCGUAAAACAGAUGAAAAAUAGAAUCAACAAAAUAUGCCAUGAUACAUUCAAACAAGAGGGAAUAAAAAGAUUACAGGAAAUUUUCAAACAAAAUUCAUAUCCAAAUGGUCUGCUGAACAAAUUGCUUUAUGCUAAUGAUGAGACACAAACAUCACGUCAGAUAGAAAACCAAAAUACAACCACAAGUAGAGUACAUAUUGCAUCAUAUCCAAAUGUAAACAACCUAACAAAAAAACUUAAAAAUAUAUUCAAGGAUGAAAACGUCAAAAUUGCAGUGUACAAUCAAAAAACCGUAAAAAAUUUAUACAGCAGGAUAAAGGAUCCUAUACCAACUCCACUGAAAAGUAAUGUCGUCUACGAAAUAGAGUGUUCGGGUUGCGACCUCAGUUACAUUGGACAAACCUCACAAUGUGUCAAAAAUAGAAUUGCGAUACAUAAAUCAGACAUAACAAAAUAUAAAGAACGGUGUGCCCUAGCUAUUCACGCGCAUAAUUUAGACCAUCGUGUAGAUUUUGGUAGUGUAAAGGUAUUGAAAUCUGAACCAAAUUAUCAUAAAAGACUGAUACAUGAAAUGAUCCACAUCAAUAAAACAGAAAAGGUGAUAAAUAAAAAAACGGACACCAACAAUUUGAGUUCAAUAUAUAGUUAUUUGUUGGAAAUAUCAAAAUACAAGAACUUUUACGAUGGCCCUGUAGAUGAAUAA